AUGAGCUCCAGAAAACCUCCUCGACCUCUUCCUGGACAAAAGUCCAUUUUUCAGUGUUUUAAAACCCCAAAUUCUACUCCAGAUGACAGUGAAACUUCAUCAACUGUUCCUGCUGAUAAUUCUCUGUCAUUUUCUGAUGACAACACAAAAUCUUCUCCCAAAGAGUCCACAUCUUCCCCAAAACAAUUUCAGGCAGAUCACUGCCAGAAUGAUGGGUACUCAGCGGGUUGCUCCCUGGGUGCGCGGUUUCUAGACAUUGGAACCAUUGAUGUCACAAGAAGACUCCGAAUGUCUGAUUCCAUGAAAAUGUCGACUUUAAUAUCAAGGUUUGAGCCUUCGCGGAGUUGGGUAAAGCCUAAAAGCACUCACGGCAAAAGCGGGGCAGCUAGGCGUGAUCCUGACCUAGUGUUUGAUACUGAAAACUACCCGUAUUUAAGGUAUAGUCCUUCAGUCAAUGGUGUUUUUUGUGCACCUUGUUUUGUCUUUAAUUCAUCUGAAAACACUCUCGUUGCUAAGCCCCUUGUAGACUGGAGCAAUGUGUCUAGGAUUAUAGGGAUGCAUAAAAAAUCACCUGAUCACAAUAAUGCAAUGACUAAAGCUGACAAAUUCAUGAAAAUAUGUCAAAAUCAAGAAAAAAGUGUUGUUGAGUUUGGCUCAAACGCUUACAGAAACAAAGUCGAGAAAAAUAAGAAAGCCUUGACAUCUAUUGUUAAAACAAUAGUUUUGCUGGGAAAACAAAACAUAGCCUUUCGUGGCAAAACAGAAGAAAAAAGUAACUUCAGAGCUUUGAUAAAUUAUCGCGCUGAAGUAGACAGUGAUUUGCACGACCAUCUAGCAAAUUCUCCCAAACAUGCACAGUAUUUAAGCCCCUCUAUUCAAAACGAAUUCAUACAUAUAUGCGGCAAUCAGAUUUCGGACUCUAUCGUGCACCGUUGCCAAGAUGCGAGGUACUUUUCUAUUCUUGCAGAUGAAUCUGCUGAUGUCAGCAAUAAAGAACAGUUUGCUUUUUGUCUGCGUUAUAUUGAACAUCAGAGUUCCGGGAAGCAUGUGCUCCACAAGGAUUUUCUUUCAUUUGUUCAGAUAACAGAAACAACAGGUGAAACACUACACCAGUUGCUACUAGAUGAAAUACACAAACACAGCCUGAACCCAAACUUUAUCGUUGGACAAGGUUACGACGGUGCUGGGAACAUGUCCGCCACUCCGGUUGUCACCGUGGAGUGCAGGCAAGAUUUUCUGCAAAAUUUCCAAAUGCAAAGUAUAUUCACUGUCGCAACCACCGUCUAA